UUUGUGUGUGCAUGUUUUUUUUUUGUGCAUCAGAUUUUGUUACCAUACACUUGCAUUAUACUGACAGACUGAAACGGUUGGACUUAAAAAUAUACAUUUGUGCUGUACCGAAGAAACAAAAUCACCUACAUCUUGGAUGGCCUGGGGAUAUGAUGGAAGUGAAUAAGGGGAGUCAAGCUGAAAUGAACGAACCGGAUGAGAAACAUCAGAAUGUAAAAACAAAACAUAAUGUUUCACAAAAAGGAACUCUGAAGACAGAAGACAUAAAGUGUGAAAAUAGUUUCAGUGAAGAUGAACGCCCUGCAGAUCACAAGAGGACUCACAGUGAGGAGAAACCUUUCACAUGUCAACAGUGUGGGAUGAGUUUCAGAUUCAUAGCAAACCUUACCACACACAUGAGGAUUCACACUAAAGAGAAAUCUUACUCGUGUCAUCUGUGUGAAAAGAGUUUCGCCCAACAAUCAGCUGUUAAGAGCCACAAGAGGAUUCACACUGGAGAGAAACCUUACAAAUGCAGUGAGUGUGAGAAAAGUUUUUCCUAUAAAAACGUCCUUAAAGCACACAUGAGGAUUCACACCGGAGAGAAACCUUACACGUGUCAACACUGUGGUAAAAGUUUCACACAACAAUCAGGUUUUGAUAGCCACAUGAGAAUUCACACUGGAGAGAAACCUUACAAAUGCAGUCAGUGUGAAAAGAGUUUUCGCUCUGGAAGUUAUCUGAAGGAACACAUGAGGAUUCACACUGGAGAGAAACCUUUUCCAUGCCAGCAUUGUGAAAAGAGUUUUCCAGAUGCAAAACAACUUAAGAGACACAUGAGAGUUCACACCGGAGAAAAACCUUUUGAAUGUCAUCAAUGUGGAAAUUUUUUCAGAUGUUAUAGUAACCUUAAUAGACACAUGAGAAUUCACACCGGAGAGAAACCAUUCACAUGCCAGCAGUGUGGAAAGAGUUUUGCCCAAAAAAACGGCAUAGACGACCACAUGAAAAUUCACACUGGAGAGAGAUCAUUCCCAUGUCAUCAUUGUGAAAAGAGUUUCACGUGUAAGGGUCAACUUAAGAGACACGUGAGGAUUCACACUGGAGAGAAACCGUACAAGUGCCAUCACUGCGAGAAGAGUUUUACCACCAGUGGUAACCUUAUUACACACAUAAAAACUCACACCGGAGAAAAACCAUUCAUGUGUCAACAGUGUGAAAAGAGGUUUUCACAAAUAUGCCAUCUUAAAAGACACAUGAGAGUUCACACUGGAGAGAAAUGCAUUCCCGUGCCAACCUGAUCCCACAAAUUUCUGUGAAAUAGUCGCACAUUAUUUUGCUCAGUUUUGCAUGUCAUUGUAAUGUAUUUCCACUAUUUUACGUG